AUGGAGGAGGCGCGGUUCGUCAGCAGCGCCAAGGGGAAGGGCUUGUUCGCCACCAAAAACAUCCGCAAAGGGGAAACCAUCUUCGUGGAGAGGCCGGUGGCGUCGUCGCAGUUCCUCUGGAACGCCCUGUACAACUACCGAGCCUGCGAUCACUGCCUGCGGGCUUUGGAGACGGCGGAGGAAAACGCACGGCUGCUGGGGAAGAGCUUGCUGUUGCUGCCUCACCCAGAGCAGUGCAGCAUCCGGAAAGACCUGCACCAGCAGUGUCCCCGGUGCCAGGUGACAUACUGCAGCGCUGAAUGCAGGCAGGCCGCUUUGGAGCAGUACCACCAGGUCCUCUGCCUUGGCCCGUCCCGUGACGACCCCACGCACCCCCUCAACAAGCUGCAGGAAGCAUGGAGAAACAUGCAUUAUCCUCCGGAGACUUCCAGCAUCAUGUUGAUGGCCCGGAUGGUUGCCACCGUCAAACAGGCCAAAGACAAGGAGUGGUGGAUCAAGGCCUUCUCCCAGUUCUGCAAUAAAACGGCAAACGAAGAAGAGGAGAUUGUGCACAAGCUGCUGGGGGACAAAUUUAAGGGCCAGCUGGAGCUGCUGCGGUUGCUCUUCACCGAAGCCCUUUACGAUGAAUAUCUCAGCAGGUGGUUCACUCCAGAAGGCUUUCGAUCCCUCUUUGCCCUCGUUGGGACCAAUGGCCAAGGCAUAGGAACAAGCUCUCUGAGCCAGUGGGUGCACGCUUGCGAUGCCCUGGAUCUCCCCAUGCUGCAGCGAGAGGAGCUGGACGCCUUCAUCGACCAGCUCUACAAGGACAUCGAGAAGGAGUCGGGAGAGUUCCUGAACUGCGAGGGGUCGGGUCUCUACGUGCUCCAGAGCUGCUGUAACCACAGCUGCAUCCCCAAUGCUGAAACAUCCUUCCCAGAAAACAACUUCCUCCUGCAUCUGACAGCUCUGGAGGACAUCGAAGCGGGAGAGGAGAUCUGCAUCAGUUACUUAGACUGCUGUCAGAGGGAGCGCAGCAGACACAGCCGCAACAAGAUACUCAGGGAGAACUACUUGUUUACCUGCUCGUGUCCCAAGUGCCUAGCGCAAGCCGACGACGCCGACGUGACGUCGGACGAAGAAGAGGAGGGCGAAGGGGAGACGGACGAUGCUGAGCUGGAGGACGAGAUGACCGACGUUUGAUCCCGGUCCCGGGCGAGAGGAAGAAGGGAAGGGACGGGGCGGGGAUCCUCGAGAGGCAGCAGCUUUAAUACUAGGAACAGGGUUGUGUUGUGGGGUCGGGUGGGGGCCCGCGUGCCGGCGGUGGGUGCGGAGCUCUGGCAGAGCUGGGGA